ACCCCCUUGAACAAACGGCGAAACAGGCUGGGGAAAUUACGACCGAAACUCACCAUGACACACGGUAUGAACAAUGUGAUGAAGCUCAGAAGAUUAUCGAAGACACCAUGCAAGAGGGAAUCACGCCAACU